UCCCACAAAACGCUACGUCCAGAUGAACAGAUUCAACUUUUGGAGAGGUGGCGAUAGUUAAAUGUUUUCGUUUGCUGCCACUUCCUGACACAAGAAGAAGAUGCAGGAUGAUGGCUCCCGACACCAGUGACGACGUGCCUUCAUGUGCUUGUAAAGGUGUCCGCCGGUGUCUCGUCUGCGAAGGGUUGAAAGAGAAAGUACAACCGGAGGCGAGUGAAUCAAAGAUUGUCCAUCAUUUCCUCUACGAUCCUCAGUCGAGGCUCGCUGUUGGAAAAGAUGCCCAGGCUGCAUCCUUCCCCUUUUCUGGGGUCUUCCUGUGGGAGAACUUCAUAUCAGAAGAGGAAGAGAAGGAGCUUAUAUGUGCGAUGGACCAGGAUGUGUGGAAGGAGUCGCAGUCCGGUCGAAGAAAACAGGUUAGCAUGUGAUCAAAUAAAAACAAACAAAACAUUUUUGUUUAGACUAUGAUGAAUAGAAGCAAUUAUUAGGGCUGUAAAGUCAAUAUAAAUGUCAGUCCGAGUUUACUCAGGUCAUCAACAUUGAUUCACAGAGAGUUUGAGUCGUACCUUUCCAUGCUGCCUUCAACACUGUUGAUUGUUGAUCGUGAUAUUUUAAUUCAAAGGCUUCGUGAUUCAGUUGGUUUAACUCGUUAGUUUCUCGAUUGGGUUUCAUCAUGACUAAAGGGUAAAUGUUUCUAUGUGUCAGUUAAUAUUUUUAGAACUGCAGAAAUAAACAUUCCGUCAUUGGUUACUUUUUAACCUUAUCACUUAACUGAUCUAACCUGUUCACAAAUUAUUAAACUGCGUUGAUGACA